AUGCCCUCGACGGCGCGUCAACGUGGCACGACGACAACCCCCCACGCCUCAUCACUCUCUCGUCGGCGCCCACGCUCCUGGCCCAGCACGAGCUCCUUACUGUUGCUUACCUCCUUGUAUGCGACUGCAACACUAGCCUUUUGUCAGUCCAGCCCUGUCCUGAUCGAAUCACGCCAGUUCUGACUCUCCUUACACCCAACCUACGCGCUGCGCUCGCGCGAACUUGGCACCGUCGUCGACCUGGCCACAACAGACCUGCCCGGCGCAGCACCCAAGGAUUACCUUCCCGGAGAUCGCGUGCCUCUCUUGGUCAAUGCGCUCAAACCCCAUGCGAGUGGGUGGAAUGCUCAAGUCAAGAGCAUGGUAGCGUGAGUGGCCCUUCUCCCGCACUGUCGCUCUCGGCGACACGCGUCCGUCGGAUAGGUUCAAGUGGGGUUCACGCCAGUCAUGACAUUGCUCGUCAAGCUUCAAGCGGCACGCGAUAUCGAGUCGCACCCAAAAUGGGCUUGCACAGCAUAUGGCUCUGAGGCGGAAGAUCAAUCUUUCGGAUACGAGACAGCAACACGGCCCUCUUUCCGCCGCGCCCGGAAGAUUUGAACAGAACGGGCAAUUCCGACCUCUAAACACUGACACGUCCCGGCCUCGAUAUUGCCUUUCGCAGAUACGACUACUAUGAUCCGCAGUUUGGCUUUUGCCAGCCGAAACCAGGGCCACCGAAGAAACAGGCCGAAUCGCUCGGCAGCGUCCUCUUUGGCGAUCGGUUGUACGACUCCCCUUUCAACGUGAGACCUUGGAGCGGAGCGGAACACCUUUUCCCCCUUAAGCGGACUGACAUAGUGAUUAUUGUGUGCCGACAGAUUCGGAUGUUAGAAGACGCGACAUGCGUCCAUCUGUGCACUUCCACCCUAUCCGCCGAGAACUCGGCCUUCCUCGCCGACCGGAUAGCGGAAAACUACGCCUAUAGCUGGCUCAUCGAUGGACUGCCCGCCGCGGAGAUGAAGCAAGAUACACGGACGAAGGAGUUGUUUUAUUCGGCAGGGUUUUCACUUGGUUCGGUCGAUGGUACGACCUCGGAGGCACCUGUAGGUUCUGUCUGACUUCGUGCGUCGAAAUGCUCGCGAAACUGACACCAACUUCCGCGAGAACAGGAGGCCGAAGCGGACCCGAAUGUUGUGUUCAAGCCUUCGGUAUGUUCUUGAGCCUUUGUAGAAUAUACGCAACCCUUCGCACUCUGAGACCUUCCUGCAUUGGCAUUACACUGCGUAGAAUCACUUCGACAUCUACCUCGAGUACCAUUCGAGAACUGACGGACACAAACGAGUAGUAGGAGUAGUGGUGUGGCCGUCGAGGUUUGUAAAAUGACUUCUCGUCAGCCAACACCUGCGUUCAAAGGCGCUGAACCUUUCUAUAUACACCACAGUCGCGACUCUUUAGCUGGAACCGCCUCGACGCCGUCAUGCGCCACAUCGACACCCUUCCCUCUCGAUCCGACAAAACCCAACAAGAUCGCCUACACCUACAGCAUCAUCUGGAAGGAGUCGGCCACACCUUGGUCGACACGGUGGGAUCACUACCUUCGUGUUUCGAACCCUCGCAUUCAUGUGCUCUCCCUUGCGUCCUCCAUCAUCAUUGCCGGUUUCCGUACGUGAAAAUCGCAUCACGUUUGUCUCGGAAAAAGAAGCACUGAUGCACGUGUCAUCGAAUCGCGUGCAGUGUGCGGCAUGGUCGCCAUGGUCCUCCUUCGAACCGUACACGGCGACAUUUCUCGCUACAAUGCCAUCGACCUCGACGAGGACGUGCAAGAAGACUUUGGGUGGAAGCUCGUUCACGGCGAAGUGUUCCGACCACCGAAACGGAGGAUGUUGCUCAGUGUCGUCGUUGGAAGUGGUGCGCAAUUGACGGCGAUGGCGGGAGUUACAUUAGGCGAGUAAUAGGAGGGUUUGACCGUGCUAGGUGUAGCCUCUGCUGAUCGACUUCUCUCUCUUCUUUGACAGUUUUUGCGCACUUGGGUUUCCUAUCCCCCUCGAACCGAGGCUCACUCUCAACCGUCAUGAUCAUCACUUUCUCAUUCUUUGGUGUGCGUGGGGACUGAGUGCGGAAUUAUGGCCUGUUUACGUCGAUUAAAGCUCAUUUGAGGGUCUCACAUCGCAGUGUAUUGCCGGCUACGUCUCUUCACGCGUUUAUGCAUCGCUCAAAGGUGAAGAAUGGCGCAAGACGAUUCUGCUUACGACUGUGCUUUUCCCGACGUGAGUUCAGCCACUAUGCAAGGCGCUCGAAGAUGCGUCGGUCAGCCGAGCCUGACACUUCUUGGCCCUUUCAUCUCGCAGCGUCCUCUUCGUGUUCUUGCACCUGCUCAACUUUUUCCUCCUGGGCGCCGGUUCGUCGGGAGCGGUGCCGUUCGGAACCUUCAUGGCGAUUGUGGGGUUAUGUACGUGCCCGAUCUAUGUCCCUGCCUUGGUACGCCGGCUAAUGACGCAUGCCCUUGGAAAAUAGGGUUCGGGGUGAAUGUGCCGACUGCUGCGGUCGGGGGCUAUCUUGGUGUUCGACAUGGAGCUGUCGAUCACCCCGUUCGCAUUAACCAGAUCCCGCGCCAGAUCCCCCGUACGGAAUGGUGGCUUGCGCCGUGGCCCAGUGCCAUUCUCGCGGGUAUACUUCCUUUCGGUGAGUCAAAUGACGCUUAUCUGAUGUCAGACCGAUGCAGUUUCUCAAAACAAGUCGGGCAAUAUCCUCACAGCGGCCGGCUUCAUCGAACUCUACGCGGUGAUGCAAUCCCUCUUCGGGUCCAAAGUCUACUACGCCUUCGGCUUCCUCGCCCUCACAUCCCUCAUCGUCCUAUUAACCGUCGCCACCUCGGCGGUCCUCGUGACCUACUUUGCCCUCUGUAGCGAAGAAUACCGUUGGCAUUGGCGAUCCGUCCUUGCGGGAGGUGGAGCCGGACUUUGGCUGUUCGGGUACGGGAUCUUGUAUUGGGUUUCGAGGUUACAUUUGGAUGGGUUGGCGAACAAGGUGCUUUAUUUGGGCUAUUUGGUGCUGUUGAGUGGGUUGGUGUUCUUGGUGUUGGGGACAACGGGGUUCGUCAGUUCGUAUUGGUUCCUCAAGACGAUUUAG